AUUACAAUUUCAAAGAAAGAAACGCCGUCAUGCGAACUGGUUGGCACUAAAAGUAAAUAUUCAAAUAAAAAGGAAAAGAGUAAAUUUAAAAUUAAAUCGUAUAGAAAACAUCAAUAUGAAAGUGACAGUGAUAUUUUUCAUAGUCGCCCCUGGCCUAAGCUUGCAGCACCGACACAGUGACAGUGGUAGCAGUGAGAUAGACGACUCAAGACGGUCCCAAGAAUACGACUAUGAACAGUCCCCUUACUCUUAUCGCGCUGACAACAAACGCAAACAGAAAACGCGGUACGAAGUCCAACCAGGUUCAGCCGAACUGGAAUCAUCAAACAAAAAGUAUAUCAGGCACUCUUCAAAACAUUCCCGCCGACGUUCCAAAAAGCACACGAAAGAUGAAAAUUGCGAUAGCAAUGAAGAUCAGCCGGAAACUAACCACGCCGAGCAGCCAGGACUGAGUCCUGGAAAUUUAGUGUUUGUGCCAUAUCCUUACCCUUUAAUGGUUCCACCACCAGUACCGGUGCUACCUGAACCAACUACUACUAUCCGUAGUAGCACAACUUCCACGGCUCCAUCGAUAAGCUACGACACUAGGUCAUUGAGUGACCUGAGAAAAACAGAAAUCGAUAAAGAAAGUUACUUGCUACGAAACUUGAGACAUAGGCACGAAUUGCCUUAUGUCAGAAAUGAUGUAGCUUGGCCAGUGAGGCGAUAUUUAAUAGAUCGGCUGCUUUCGCGUGUGAGAAAUGUGAAAGAUAUUAACUCCGUAUAGCAUUAAGACACCAAAACCAAAAGAAUAUACAUAUGAGGAAAUCAUGUAACCGAGAUGAAA